AUGACGUCAUCCUCCGACUACACAGACAUCGACUUCUCCAUCACCAACCACAUCGGCGUCAUCAAGUUCAACCGACCCAAGCAGCUCAAUGCCUUUGGCGGCAGUCUGAUUGCCGAUGUGAUUGCCGCGCUCAGGGUGCUCGACCGGCAUCCGGAUACCGUGUUUACGGUGUUGACGGGGGAGGGGCGGUUUUUCAGUGCCGGGGCGGAUGUUACGGGUGUUGGGGCGAGGGCGGAGGUGGCGUAUAAGAAUGAUGCGGAGAAGAAAUUAAGUCUUCUUGGGGGAUUUGCAACCGAACUCCUCCGCUCAAUGAUCGACCACAAAAAAGUCCUCAUCGUCGCCCUCAACGGCCCCGCCGUCGGCGGCGGCGCAGCCUGGUUCCCCGGCAUCGCAGACAUUGUCCUCGCGACCUCAACCGCCUGGCUCCAAUGCCCCUUCUCCGCCCUCGGCCUCGUCCCCGAAAACGGAUCCGCCCUCUCCUUUGCCCAAUCCAUGGGCAUCCACCGCGCAAACGACUUCCUCAUGUUUGGCCGCAAGCUCAGCGCGCAAGAGCUGCUGGACGCUGGCAUGUACAAUUAUGUGUGGGAGGAGACGGGGGAUGCGUUUCACGCCAAGGUCCUCGAGUUUCUGGGCGAGCAGUUGAAGGUGAAUGAUGGGAAGAGUAUGAUGGAGAUGAAGAGGUUGCAGAAUGCGCCGAUGAGGGAUGCGAGGAUGAUGGCGGUGGUUAACGCGGUGGAUGCGCUUGUGGAGCGGUUCGUGGAGGGUGCGCCGACGAAGAGGUUUGCGGAGAAGGUGAGGGAGUUGGAGGAGAAGAGGAAGGCGAAGGCGAAGAUUUGA